AUGACUCUCCUUGUCCUACCAAAUGAGCUUCUGCUUGCCAUAGUAGAGACUCAAGACUCCCAAAACAACAUAAAUGCAUUUGCAAGAACUAGUCGCCGCUGCUACAUUCUCCUGAACCCCUUCCUCUAUGCCUACAACGUCCGAAAGCACCAAGGGAGCGCACUCCAUUGGGCAGCAACCAAAGGACAACUAAGAACAGCCCAAGAAUCACUUCAACAAGGAGCGGAAAUCGAAUCGAAGGACAGGGAAACAGGAAGAUCGCCAUUGAUACAGUCCGCUCGCUGUGGCCACGCAGACAUUGUUGCUUUGCUGUUGGCACAUGGAGCCAAUCCGCACGCUAAAGACGGCCGGGGGUUUCAAGACGCAAUCACAUGCGCUGUGAUUCGCAACAGAGCGGCCGUUGCUAGCAUUUUGCUUGAUAGCGGUGUCGAUGUGAACUCAACGGGCUCCGGGGGCAGUCUAUUGCAUCUCGCGGCUCAGAAAAAUGUCCACACCUGCGAAGCAGUAGCAAGAGUUCUUAUCGAGAAAGGUGUCAAGCUGGAAUCUAUGAAUUCCGCGAAACAGACUCCGUUGCAGCUAGCGUGCCAGUCUGGCUCCGUGGAAGUGGCCCGGUGUCUAAUAGAAAACGGCGCCGAUUUGGAUAUACGGAACCGAGAGGGCAUGUCGCUCCUGCAUCUGUCAUGCUUCAAUGGAGUCGAAACCGCCGAGUUGUUGUUGGAGAAGGGAGCCGAUCUCGAGGCGAAAGACGAGAAAGGUGAGAUACCACUGCAUGUGGCAUGCUGGAAUGGCCGGGUAGACAGAGCAGCGUUCUUGCUGGAUCGGGGUGCAAACAUAGAGGCAAGGUCAUCAAAAGGGAACACACCAUUGCUGCGGGGGGUACUCUGGGAGACCACUGCAUUCAAAACCCUGGAUUCGCCCUCGAUAACCGCUCUCUUGCUGGAACGAGGUGCCAACCCAAGGCAGGGAAAUGAUUGUAACAUCACACCAUUGCAUGUUGCGACGUCGAAAGAAAGUUUAGGGCUUUGCAAGAUACUGCUACAAUAUGGUGCCGACCCAGAGGCAAAAACCAUACAGGGCAUGACGCCGCUGCACAAAUUAGCGCAGAAUGGCUCUUUGGACUCCGCAAGGCAUUUGUUGCAGAAAGGUGCCGAUGUACAACCAAGGGACAGAGAAGGCAAUACACCAUUGCACAUGGCAGCGCAGAGAAAUGAUGUGGAAUUCGUCAAGUUGCUACUAGGGUCAGGCGCUGACCGGCUGGUCAAGAACCACAAGGGUCAAUUGCCUAUACAUCUAUCAUCAGAAGGAACAAAGAAGUCAGAACUAAAACAGAGAAACGUGAUGGAUCUUCUGGAGGCUCAGUCCGAGCAUUAA